CUAAUGUCACUGGUAUCCGAUUAUAAUUUCCGUAAAUAGUCUGGUAUUUGCUUCAAAGUGUUGUAUCUUUAUUAAUAGAAGGAUUACAGGUACAAGGGCAUUGGUGUCACGGUGUUUUGUGCGCAAACGAAUGAUUGAAUACGCUGGUAAUCGACAGUACCGGCUGUGGUUAGAGUAAUGGUCCUGGGCCAAGGUCAUUUGACGUCAUCCGAACAGCGGUCAUGGGGCGAUUCCGAGUGAGGAAGGCGAAGAUGGCCGAAACUCCCACACGGUACUACUGCAACUAUUGCCAGGACGAGUUAAAGUCGUUCAGCGUGCGCUGUUGUGAGUGUACGGACUUCGACCUUUGUUUACAGUGUUUUUCUGCUGGAGCGGAACUUGGCUCUCACAAACGAGACCAUGAUUACCAAAUUAUUGACAACGCACUAUUAGCCUGUGGUGACAAAGAAUGGAGUAUGAGCGAAGAGUACUUAUUAUUAGAUGCAAUAGAAACGUUUGGCUUUGGAAACUGGGCGGAUGUUGCAAGUCACAUAGGUUCUAAGUCCCCUACAGAAGCAAGAGAACACUAUGACAGCAAUUAUAUAUGUGGGAAUCUCGGCAAAGCCGCUGUUCCAGAGAAACCUACAUUUAGGGUGCAUGACCACACAGGGCCUGAAGAUGGUCCAUUAUCUCCAACCCUCGUAGCAAAGUUCACACCUGUAGAAUUGACAUUAAUUGACCAACAAGAAUUAGGAUAUAUGCCACUACGAGAUGACUUUGAAAGGGAAUAUGACAACGAAGCGGAGACACUAGUUAGUAAUUUAGCCAUAACAAAUGAAGACGAUGACUUAGACAUUGCUAUAAAACUCAUUCAUGUAGAUAUUUAUACGAGACGACUCAAGGAACGAGAGAGGAGGAAGAAGAUCUCAAGAGAGUUCGGUCUCAUCACAGCAGCUUUGACAUCGACAGCUAAUAAAGCUAAAGAACAGAAGGACCAAAAAGGAACACAAGUGCAACCCCAGAAAAGGAAACCAAGCAAAGAAGAGACGGAGUUGAGAGAGAAGAUGAAAGUUCUGGCUCAGUUCCAAUCGGGCAAAGAACAGGACGAGUUUUUCGAGAACCUCCAGAAGGAAAAAGACAUCAGAGCAAGAAUAAAAGAACUCAUCAAGUACAGAAGAAAUGGAAUAACGAAAAUAGAAGAAGUCACAGAAUAUGAAGAAGCCAAGGGUAAACGAGACAGACGGAAGGAAGGAAAGAAGAAAAUUGUGAGAAAAAGUGGAGUUGUGUCUUCCAAGAAGACUGAACCCAAGGAGGAACCUAAGAAAGAUGAUCGAGAAAUAGUUGAGGAUGAAUUUCAAGCAAUAAAAUCAUCUCCUGGUUUUAACUUUCUGUCAGACAGAGAGAAAAGGCUUUGCAACUCCAUGAAAAUGAAACCAGCUCGAUAUAUUACUCUCAAAACAGUCAUAAUCAGGGACCACCUCAUGAGGCGCCAAGGUCUUCCGUGUAAGACCCGCUACCCAAGCAACCUCGACAAGUCCCAUCGUAAAAGAAUCACCAACUAUCUUACCAAGAGCGGAUGGAUCAAGGUUAGCUGAGAGAGGCCCUUUUUUUACCUUUUUUGUAUUUAAUUGUUUUAUGGUUAUAGAGUAUCUGUAUUUCAAGGCUGUUGAAUCCCUGACAUUUUGGACAGGUCUAACUUUGUUUAAAAGAAAUCCUGGUUUAAGGCCAUUUUGUAAAAAACAUAAGAAAAAGUUUUAUUUAUUAGACCCUGUCUUGUACAUAUUUAAAAAAGAAAACGUUCAAUUUGUAAGAUUGAGAGAGCAAUGUUUAACGUAUCAACUCAAAAAUGGAUGACGUAAUUUUCAAGACACUUUGUGGUUAUGGGCUCCGUCAAAGCACUGGACACCUUUGGUAAUUGUCAUGACCAGUCUUCUUUAUGAAAGCGUGGUCUUUCCUUACAAAGCCCAAGCCAUGAUUUUAAAAACAGCCAUAAACAGCAAUACACCAUUUUUACGCUGCGUCUUCUGUUGCAAGGUUUCUAUGUGCAGACUUGGUUUUUGCUUCAUGAAGAUAUUGGUGGCAGCACAAAGUGUGAACUGUUAUCACACUCAUCAUUCAAAAAGGUGUCAAAUCACCUUUCCUUUUAUCCUUGGUUUAGUUUCUGUGAAUAAGCCAUUUGCGGGUUAGAUAUAAAUAAGGUCUGGUACAAUGACUUGCUUAG